GCCAUGACUGAUAAAUGUGCGGUCUUGACCACCACAGUAGAAAGUUCCCCUUCAGGAGAAUACCGUUGUUUCCUUCCUCAUUCCUUUCCAUCUUGGUCAUCCAGCACCAUUCUUACCUUGUCUACUUCUUCCUCGGCACAUGCAUUGUGUCGAUCUUCUUCAUUAAUUACCUUUGGUAGCUGUUGCUACUUUUCUUGCCUACCAUUCGAUUCCUCACAGAGUCGGGAACUUAACCCCUCUGGACAGAGCAAGACUCGCUUCUUCCCUACUACUAAUUCCCGACAUUUUUUUUUUCUUUCUCUCUUUCUCAUCCUUCCAUUCUACCCGAAACUCGCCGUCUCAUUUAGUUAGCGCAAUGCUCUUCUCCCACUCCUCCUCGCUGGCGCUGCUAGCCUCCAUCUCCGCCGUGGUUGCCGCUCCCGGGAUGCCUGGACCAGCAGCUGAACCCGUCACCAAAGUUGUCACCUACACGCUGGACCACACCCAGACCUACACAGUCACAUAUCCGACGACGGUAGUCCAAACACAGCCCGUCCACCAAACCCAGACCGUCCACGUCACCCAGACCGUCCAUGUCACAGACGUCCAGCACAUAACACAAGUCAAGACCGUCACAUUUGUCGAGAAAAUUUCUGUUCCAGUCACCAAGAUCGAGACAACAGAGAGACUCAGGACUGUCGUGUCAACGGAGAAGGUCAAGAUACCAGUGACGGAGGUCAAGGAAGUUGUGAAGACCAUCACAUCCCACGUCACAAUACCAGUGACACACACCCAGGUCAAGACGGUCGUAUCCACCCGGCUCGAGAGGAUCACAGUUCCGGUCACAAGGGUGGAGACCAAGGAGGCUGUCAAGACUGUGACGUCUGUUGUGAAGGAGCAGAUCCAUGUCACGAUCCCCGUCACCAAGGUUGAGACGAAGGAGGUUGUCCGGACGGUGACUUCUAUUGUCAAGCAGCAGGUCACCAUUCCGGUCACUUCGGUGGUCAAGGAGACGAUAACCAUCCCGGUGACAACUAUUGUGAAGGAGCAGGUGACCAUCCCGGUGGUUUCGGUGGUCAAGGAGAAGGUUACCGUCACCAUCCCGGUUACCCAGGUCCAGACGAAGGAAGUCGUGAAGACGGUGACUUCAGUUGUGCAGGAGCGCGUGAGCGUUCCUGUCGAAGUGGUGAAGACUGUGACGUCAGUUCAGCAGCAGCAAAUCACCAUUCCCGUCACGUCAGUGGUCAGGGAGGCGACCACGGUCACAGUCCCAGUCACCAAGGUCGAGACCAAGGAGGUUAUCAGGACCGUCGUUUCCGUGCAGAACGUGGUGCAGACUGUUCCCGUCACAGUUCCAGUCACCAAAGUUGAGACGAAGGAGAUUGUGAAGACCGUCACCUUCCUCCAGCACGCGAUCCAGACCGUUCACGUCACGGUCCCUGUCCCUGUCGAGAUUGUGAAGACCGUCACUGUGCCAGUCGCCCACGUCGUGACCAAGGAGAUCGUGAGGACUGUCACCUCCGUCCAGCACGCCGUCUCGACCGUGCAUGUGACGGUCGGAGCAUACACGACGACGGUCAAAGAGGUGGUGCAUGUCACUGUCCCAGGCUACACCAAGACAGUCAAGGAGACGGUCCAUCUCACCGUCACGGCAAGCGAAUGUGCGAGAACCAAGGGCGCCAUGGCACCACACGAUAAGCACAAGCAGAACAAACACAAACAGGCAGGUCAGGAGGAAAACAAGGCACAUCACCACCAAAUGGGGGAGGCAUCGCACAGCACGAGCAUAGUUGCGACGGCCAGCUCUGCUGCCCCGGCGUUGGCACAUGACAGGCAGAGGAUAUGGUGAGAGGUUAUGAGCGACGAGUGUGUGGCUGCGAGGUGGCUUGGUCGGGUUGAGUUAAUUGGAGAGAAAGGGGGACAGCACCUGCAGGCAGAGUUUGACCACCUUGAUACCCCAUAGACAGCGUCUCUGUUGCUUACAGGGACCUUAGAAAUCGAGACAUACACCUUAGAGAG